CCUCUUCAGUGCCACCAAUGAGACCCGUCUUAGCACCUGCCACUCCUGUACCCACGGAGACGGUUCGGACCCCAGUGCUAGAUGAUCCAGACGACAGCGCGGAUCCUUUGUACGAGCCAUUUGCGGAGCGGAGCUUCAUCGAGGAUGACCCUAUCACAGGCGAGGAGCCAGCUCACAAGGAACGGAAAUUCAUCGUGUUCGAGAGCAGACUGCGACAGCUGUUUAAAGUCUGCAAGACCUGCUACAGGCCAUGUAAGGUGUCCACUUCGACGAACACCACCCUUCUCACGGUGCACACACUCUGCCCUGCUGGGCACUCCCAUCGCUGGGACAGCAUGCCGUCCAUCAAAGGCAGGGCUCUGGGCACCCUGCUGCUGUCGGGAGCCAUACUCUUCACGGGGUCAUCUCCAACGAAGACGCUGCGCUUGUUCGAGCUCAUCAACCUCCAGGGGAUGUGCGAGAAGACAUACUUCAACUAUCAACGAACAAUCUUGCGCCAAGCCAUCGAACAGGUGUGGACAGACGAGCAGGGCAAGCUGCUGGAUGAGCUUCGUGACCAGCCACUGGACCUUGCUGGUGAUGGGAGAUGCGACUCCCCCGGCUUUUGUGCCAAAUAUCUCACUUACUCCCUGUUUGUGGGUCACGUGAACAAGAUCCUUCACUUCGAACAGGUUCAGGUUGGAGAGUGCGAGACAGUCCGCAACAGUGGACAGAUGGAGAAAGAAGGCCUGGUGCGGUCCCUGGACUUCCUCAAGAAGAAGGACAUCACUGUGCGGUCUCUCACUACAGACAGACACCGUUCCAUUGGGAAACACAUGAGGGAGCAGGAACCAGGCAUCCUGCACUACUUCGACGUCUGGCACGUCUCAAAAAGCAUCAAGAAGAGCCUGAACGCGGCAAGCAAGGGGCAGGACUGUGGUGCACUUGCUCUGUGGGCACAGCCAGCUUCAAACCACAUACCAUCCUGGGAUAUACACCCGGUGCUUUCAUGCGCCCAUUGA